AAAUAUAUUUAUUAACAAUAAUAGAGAGAUUAAGCCAGGAUUUAAAUUAAUAAAAGCGGGAAAUAUACACAAAAAUGGCGGGAAGUGAUAUCCCUCGGAAGGCGACGUACGAUAACUUGUCAAAUGAAGAAAAAAUCCGGGUUUUAAUUUUGGAAGAAUUAUUGGAAACAGAGAAGGAAUAUCUGCAAGUUCUCAAGUUCAUGUCAGAGAAAAUGAAGAAACAGCUCGAGAAAUGUUCGAAUCUCAUAGAAUACGAAAUAGAAGAAGGGCAAGUGCGAGGUUUAUUUGGUAACAUUGACGAAAUGUAUGAAGUUCACAAAGCAUUCUUCGCGUUGCUUCAAGAAGCGUUACCAGAAGGCCGAGUCAGAGAUCCAAAGAAUCAUGUCGGACAUUGCUUCAUACAAAUGCGGGAUGCAUUCCGAGUAUACGAUCUCUACAGUUCAAAUCAUUCAAGAUCUCUCAUUGUGAUGUCAGAAAUAUCUUGUAUGUCAACAAUGCAACGUAUUUAUGAGGGUUGGAAGCAAGAAUGUCCGACCAAUCCAGAAAGAUUCAGAUCUUCAACGGUUUUAGAAGUUUAUUUAAAGGCACCUUUACUAAGAUUAUGCAAAUAUAACGUCUUUUUGAAGGAACUCGGCACUUUCACCAGUUUAAACCAUCCCGACCUCGGUGACGUCAUCACAGCCCAUCAAAUCAUGCAUGCAAUUAUGACGUCAAUGGAUAGUGUCACCAGAAUGGAUUUGAUGACGACAGCAUUUGAAGACUGUGACGUGAACUGCAAUAAUUGGGAGAAAAUCGGCCUAACUAAUAAAGAAAGUUUUAUGACGAAAAGAGGAGGAAAUGUUAAGAGCUGGAAGAUACGAUGGUUCACAUUGAAAGGAAACGAAUUAAAAUAUUUCGACGAACCAGCUAACGAAAAACCACUGAACACGUUAGAUUUGAAGCUAUGUCGACACCUAGUGGAGGACGGGACUCUUGGAAAGCCUCAUUGUUUUGGAUUCGUCAUGCCUGAUCGGACCUACCACGCCUACUGCACAAGCGAAGCCGAAAAAAUGGAAUGGAUGAACGCCAUCGCGUGGAGGCUUUUCAACCAGUUACCCGCCCAGAUGAGGGCGGGGCAGUGCAUAUCAUCCUCUGCUCUCUCUACCAGCACCGCGUCACCUAUACUCGGUCUGGUGCAAAAAAACAGUCCCACACACGCAGCAAACGGCAACUCGACUGGAUCAGGGUGACGUAAUCAAUCCAUGACGUCAUAGACUUUUUUAUUUCGUCUUCGAAAAUUGCCCAGACAUUUGCGAAACCCUAGCGUGGUGUAAUGAAGUAUGACGCCACUUCAACGUAUGACGUCACAAACUACCAAAGUCGCGUUCUUUCUAUAUGAUGUAAAAGAGAAAAUCAUUUUAACAUUUGUAAUUGUAUAUUUCAUCAAAUGUUUUUAUUUCAUCAAACAUUUUGUGCAAUUUUUAAUCGAAUUUGCUAAACUUUCUGUAAGAUAGUUUGAUUUAAUUUUUAUGCGCUUCUCCCAAGAUUGGACUCACGCUACUACCCUUUUGAAUGAAUUGACUGAGUCCCUUUCUCACACAAAGUUUGAAAAGAAAGUUUUUUCUUACCAGUCACUGCAAAUUUCAGGUAGUUACCAGCAAGCAGAGAUUUCUCUUUGAACUAUAUCAUUCAAAAAAAUAACGAUACAAUGUAGCAACUCGUGCUACCCGACUUUAAUCUGAUACAGAGAACUAGCGAAAGCUAAACUUGCAAAAGGUUUUUGUUUUAUUUGAAUUCAUAGCUGACUUCUGAGAAACUUUCGUAUGUUUAAAAUCAAAUCUUGUAAAUUAAUCGUUCAUUUUAAGAAGCAAGAUAAUUAAAUUUGCCGUUUACGUUCUAUCAUGCUGGGGUUGUGUCAAAUUAAACCCUCUAGAAUUCAGAUUUUUAUAUCAUUUUCCCACUCUUUCGUUUGUAACCAAGCUACAGACACACAUGGUGUUCACUUUGUUGAGCACGAAUUGUUUGAACAUAAUGAGAUUUUGAAUCUACCAAUCAAAAUAACACCAUAAAUACCACUGGAAUGAUAAACAGGGGGUUAUGAGUGCUAAAAGCCCCCGAAAGGGGGGGUCGGGGGCCAUAAAAUGUUGGAAACCACAGCCUAGUAUCUAAUACUUUCAAAUGACCGGGAACGCAACCACCGGCACGUUAGAGGCCACUACUUUAAGCACAGACAGUUUCAAGCACGACACAGUGUGAUCACAUAUUUUAUUAGUCCAAUAUCCACGCAGAACAUUUGUACUCAAUUGCAAAACAUAAUUCAAGAACAUAUACAUUGUGGAUAGCACCAAUUCAAUCCCUAAUAUUUACCAUUUCCUAGAAGCCCUUUAAAAAUCUAACCAAGAGAAGCCAUUAACAUUAGUCACCAAAAAUUCGUAUCAGAGAUUAGGACCUUUUUCCAGUUAUCCCUCCCACUAGUAUAUGAAUACUCACACUCACUAAUAGAAGUAUUUUGUUUAUGAGGUUCAUUCAUCUUUAUCAAGGCUUUCACCAUUUAGUUUUUGGGGGGUAACUGGAAAAGGUCUAAAGGUUCUAAUCAAUAUUAUUUAACAUUCUCUAAUUUUUUCAUUUCAUAUUCCUAUAAAUUUUGUCAAGUUUAUUUAAAGAAUCUAAUGUAAUAUUCUGAUUUUUUACACUUCUACUAUCGCAACGUUUAAGAAAAUCUCUUAAUAAUAAACAAGGUUUACUGUAA